AUCAACAUGAAGACUUCGUUGCUGUGUCUCGUUCUCGUUGCAGCGGUCGCUGCCGACAAGAUCCCUGACUUUGUCGUGCCAGGAAAAUGCCCUGCGGUAGACGAGAGAAUGCUCUACAAUCAACAGAGGCCUAACCAUCAGAAGUAUGCUGGCACAUGGUACGAAAUUGCACUCACAAACAACCCAUACCAACUUAUCAAAAGUUGUGUCCGCAACGAAUACACCUAUGAUGGAAGCAAGUUCAACGUCAGAUCAACUGGUACUGAUGCUAUUGGAAACACGAUUACACGUAAUGGUCAGGUUCUGCCCAAUCCUUUCGGAGAACCUCAUCUUUCCGUGGACUACGAGGCAUCCUGGAUGGCUCCCUACGUGAUUCUGGACACUGACUACGAGAACUUCGCGUGCAUCUAUAGCUGCGCCGGCCACAACUUCGGCUAUUACGCCGACUUCGCCUUCAUCUUCUCCCGCUCACCAAGUCUCGCUGACAGAUAUUACAGGCGUUGUGAAGCUGCCUUCAUGAACAUCGGUGUUGACCCCUCUCGCUUCACGAAGACAGCUCAGGGUGGAUCCUGCUCCUACAACACCAACUAUAGGUCUUGGUAGAAAAUAAUCAAGGUACAGAUCCUUUAUAUGGAUACUUGUUACGAAAUAAAGAUUGUGCUACUCUUA